UACGCUACAACCACAACAUAAGCCCAUCUCUUCCUCUUCUUCUCUUCUCACUUCUUCUUCUUCUUCAAUGAAGAAAGAAGACCUUGAUUUGGUUUUAAUCCCUCUAGGCCUUUCUCUAAUGGUGGCCUACCACGUAUGGCUCUUCCAUCGCGUCCUAACGCGCCCCACCGAGACAGUCAUGGGCCUCAACGCAAUCAAUCGACGGAUAUGGGUUCAAACCAUGAUGGAGGAUACGGCCAAGAACGGUGUCCUGGCGGUCCAAACGCUGAGAAAUAACAUAAUGGCAUCGACCCUCUUAGCAUCAACGGCAAUCAUGCUCAGUUCCUUGAUUGCAGUCCUGAUGACGAACGGCAACGGCGCGAAGGGCGGCGUCCGGGGUUACCCGCUCGUGUAUGGUGACACGAGCGAGCUGGGGUUCUCUAUCAAGUCAUUUUCUAUCUUGGUGUGCUUCUUCGUCGCCUUUCUCUUGAAUGUGCAAUCCAUCAGGUACUAUAGCCAUGCGAGCAUCCUAAUCAACGUUCGGAGAUCCCCGCAUCUCUCGGCGGAGUACGUGGGAAGGGCUGUGAAUCGAGGUAGCUAUUUUUGGUCACUUGGAUUACGUGCCUUCUACUUCUCUUUUCCUCUUUUUCUUUGGAUGUUUGGGCCCAUUCCCAUGUUCUCGUGCUGCGUUGUCCUGGUUUUACUCCUCUAUUUCCUGGACAUAUCCUUAGAGCAGGGAAUGGACGAUCGUGAUGACAAGGAUGAGGAAGAGGGCUGUUAGAUAGGCCAUGCAUCCACGUGGCAGUAGUUAUUCCAGUUCAACCCAAGUUGAAUUGACUUAAUGGGGCUGUGGGGAUUCCAAUGGCCCACAUAAAGAGUACAUAGAAUAUACCAUGUGUGUACCAUAUGAUGUAAUAAAAAUAGAAUAUAUGUUUAGUGGACCAUGAACAUUAAUGGUGGUGAUGGUAUUGAGUUCUGAUGUGAUAGUAGGCCUUUGUUUUGUAAUGUUAGGUGGCAUCAUUAACAAUAGAUGUCAGUAGUCGGAUAUGAUAAUAUACUUUUUAUAGCA